CGCCUCUAGCACUACACAUUUCCUUUCCUCUCCUCCUGCAGCAUACACGAAAAGCACACAAUGGCCGUCCCCAACCCCACUUCGAACCAGCCCCAGCACGACGAGGAGGACAUUGACGUACAUGAUGUGGACAACACGCUAGACGCCGAGGAGGCGGAAGAGAUUGUCGAGGACGAUGGUGAUGUGCCUAUGGACUCGGAUGACGAGGGCGAGGAGGGCCACCAGAUGGAAAUCAACCUGCAGAACGAUUCGAUUGCGCAUUUCGACGAGCACAAGGACAGCAUUUUCUGCAUAGCGCAACACCCCGUACACCGCGAAAUCAUUGCGACCGGAGGCGGCGACGACGUGGGCUACAUUAUCGAUGCGUCGGCAGCGGCAGCAGUGCAACCAAGCAGCAACGGACAACCUGCGGAGCGCGAAGGAUUGAAGAACAUAUUCACACUGGAUGGACACACAGACUCGGUCAACGCCGUCACGUUUACUGCGCCCAAAGGCCAGUUUGUGGCGAGUGCCGGUCUUGACGGCAAGCUGCGCGUGUGGCAGGGCGUACCAGACGGCAAAAAAUGGAAGUUUCUGGCUGAGGCACAGGAGGUCGAGGAGAUUAACUGGCUCAUCCCGAACCCUUCACCCGACCACCCGAAUGUGGUUGCUCUCGGCGCCAACGACGGCUCAGUAUGGGUGUACCAGAUCAGCACGGAAAAGGGCAACGAGCUGCAAGUCCUGCAAGCAUACUACCUCCACACGCAGUCAUGCACCGCCGGUACAUGGUCGCCUGAUGGCGCAUUGCUUGCGACGAUUUCCGAGGACUCGAGUUUGUACGUAUGGGAUGUAUUCGGCGAUGCAGCGUCACAAGGCCUGACUGCGACCACCGACUCGCAGGCCGUGGUUGGUCUUACGGGUCACGAUGAGCGUUUCCGCGUCGAGGGCGGCCUCUACUCUGUUGGCAUUGCACCAUCAGGCGCGUUUGUUGCGGUUGGCGGUCCAGAAGGCCAGAUUCGCAUUGUCGGUCUACCUCGUCUUUCUCUGGCUGGGACAGCCCAAGCAUCGACAUCGAGCGGCGGUGGAGGCGCAAAGAACAAGGCUGGAGGCGGCAAGCAAGCCGGUGCCAAGGGUGGCGCGUCGUCAGCCGGCCAAGCUGGACAGAUUCUGGCCAGUCUGCAGGCAGGAAGCGACAAUGUUGAGUGCCUCAGCUUCUCGACUGCACCGCUUACACUCAUGGCCGCCGGUAACGUGGACGGCUCCAUUACCCUAUUCGACACCGCACAUCGCUUUGCCGUCCGGAGGCGGAUAGAAGACGCUCACGCCGAUGACGAGAUGCCACAAGCCGUUGUGAAGCUCGAGUUUGUUGCAAAGGAGGGACCAGGAGGAUGGUUACUGACAAGUGCGGGAUACGACGGAGUGCUUCGGCGCUGGGACACACGGGGCGGAACUGCCGCAGCUGGCAAGGGCCUCGUGGGAGAGUGGAGAGGACAUCGUGGUGGUGGUGAAGGAGGCGGCAUCAUGGCUUUUGUCCAGGGAGACGGUGAAGCAGUAGUCACGGCUGGUGAUGAUCAUGUUGCCCUCGUCUUCAAGACGCCUCUCUCUGCAUAGAUGGUUUCAUAGAGCAAU